AUGCUUGGAAGAGCACUCAAUCGCUCGUUGCUGGGAACGAGACCACUCCUACUGGCUCCCCGCAUUGCCCCACCAAUUUCGAGAUCACCCCACUAUCAGUCUCGGUACCAAUACUCGACUCAGCAGCCCCCCGAGAAGGGCCCCCGAGACUCUUCCGCCGCCAAUUCGGACCCAGUUUCGGCCACGGACGCCAAUGCUCCCCCGCUCUCCUCAGAUCCCACACGGACGCCGCCACAGGAACCUUCCCCUUCGAGCUCAACACCCGAUCCUCCUCCACCGGAAUCGCAGCUCCCAGAGUUGAAAUUGUUUCUGAAGGAAACAGAGAAGGCCGAGAAGGCCAGUUUCAGCGGGGGAGGGGGCGGAGGAAGAGCAGAUGGUGGAGGACCGGGGAGGGGAGAAGGUCUACCUAAAUCCGCCUAUGUGUCAUCCACAGAUCGAAAGCGAGAACGUCUAGCCCGGAUCGUAUUCGGCUCGUUCAUAGUCUCCCUCAUUGGUGGCACACUCUACAUGGGCCGGGAACUAGACAAUGUGGAAAGGAAGUACUACAAAGACCUCCAACAAGGCUGGGGAGCAUCCGCCUUCUAUGCACGAUUAAAAGCGCGAACGAACGACCUCCUGAACUUCUACAACGAACCACCCUUCGAAAAGCUCCUGCCAGACCCACUGCCGGACUAUUCACGCCCCUACACGCUCGUCAUCUCUCUCGAGGACGUCUGCGUGCAUAGCACGUGGGACCGCGAACACGGGUGGAGAAUCGCGAAGCGUCCAGGCUUGGACUACUUCCUCGCUUAUCUAUUCCAUUACUACGAAAUAGUAGUCUUCACAAGCCAGCACGAGCAAACCGCCGCCCCGAUUAUCCAGAAAAUGGACCAGUACCCGGGGUACAUCAUGUUCCCACUCUUCCGCGCGCACACACGCUACAAGGACGGGAAGUACAUCAAGGACCUCAACUACCUCAACCGUGACCUAUCGAAGGUCAUAAUGCUUGAGACGAAUCCAGACGCCUGGUCAGAAAACCCGAACAACACGAUAAAGAUGAAACCCUGGGAUGGCGACCCAAAGGACAAAGAAUUAAUUUCCCUGAUCCCGUUCCUAGAAUACAUCGCCGCAAUGGGCAUAUCCGAUGUCAGGCCCGUGAUCGAGGGAUUCGGCAACAAGCACGUCCCCACUGAAUUCUCCCGGCGUGAGGCGAUCGCACGCGCAGAGCACAUGAAACGUGUAGAGGAGCAACGCAAAACUCGCAAGAGCACUGCCGGAGGCGCCCUACUCGGCGUACUGGGAAUGAGUAGACCGUCCGCCAACGAGGAGAAGACGUUCAUGGACCUGGCUAGGGAGCGCGGUCUACAAGCUUACCAUGAGAUGCAGAAGCACGUCGAGGAUCACAAGGAGGAAAUGCUCCAGGAGCAGAAGAAAAUGGAGAAGGAGGCGGCGGAGAUGAUGAAGACGAGUUUGAGUAAGAUCUUCACUGAGGGCCUACCUAAACCUCCAGGGGCACAAUAACCCCCCCCCCCCCCCAAAUCAGCUUCAUUUGGCUACCUACAGUUCUCCACUCUGUGUUUAAUCCACUUUAUCAACCAAUCGGGCGGGCUUUUCCUUUCGUCUCUGUCUCUUUUACUUCCCCAAGCACAAAAAAUCGGUUUGUGGAAGUUGUUGCUUCUGGUUGUUUAUAUCUGCAGGGGGGAUAGCUGAUUAACUUAUGUAUUAUUAGUUGUACCAUAGAUGAAGGUUUGGCAUGGCUCUGCCAAUUGUACAGUAACUUAAAUGGAAAUGAGGCGGAGCUUUAAAGUA